AUGAAAUCGGUUUUUAAAUUUUCACAUUUUAGACAUCACAAAUGUGCUGCUGCCCAAUAUGAAUCUGCCCAUUUGCGUAUAUUUUAUGGUGGACGCACCGAAACCAUACGUUCAUGUUCCAAUGAAUCGCUGGCAUUUGCACGGGCCAUGUUGAAUCCCGCUGCCAAUGAUCAGACCCGUGUGGAACUACUCAAAGAGGCAGUUAAUGGUCAUCGUCAAUAUACCAAUAUGGCACUGCAGGGUCGUGGUGUUGAUCGUCAUUUAUUGGGUCUAAAGCUAAUGGCAUUGGAAAAUAAUUUACCAAUACCCAAGUUCUAUACCUCACCUGGGUAUCUUAAGAGUUCACAUUUUCGUAUUUCCACAUCACAAGUUGCCACAAAGAAUUUGGCUUUUAUGAGUUAUGGACCCUCUACAGAUGAUGGUUAUGCCUGUUGUUAUAAUCCACGUGAUAAUGAUAUGUUUUUGGCGGUAACUUCAUGGCGUUCGAAUAAGGAGACAUGCUCGGAAAAAUUUGCCACAUCGAUUGAGGAAGCGUUAAGCAAAAUGCAUGAAAUUUUAAUGAAAACACAAAGCGACAAAAAGGAUAAAAAGGAAACUAAAUGCAAAAAAUAA